AUGAAGGACAUGCGACGCAGCAUCGCCUACACCCACGUUAGCUGGGAUGAGCCGACGCUGCGGGGCUCUGGAUGGUACGGGCCGUGGAGACGAGCGGUGCCAUCUCAGGAGGUCGUCGACCUGGAGCAGGAGACGCCCAGGCCUUCGCAGAGGCACCCUGGGGCAUACAGCGGCACGGACCGCGUGCGAGAAGUGCUCACGAGCUCAGGAGCCUCGGAUCGUGACCUUUCCUCGCAAGAAGCUGCCCUGCAGGCCGAGAACGCGAGGCUGCGCAUGGAGCUGCUGGCUGCGGAGAACGAUCGCCUGAGGAGCGAGCUGCAGUCUUUGCAGGGAGGCCGAGAUCCAAUCCCUCGGAGAAGGGAGCCGACUGAGCUUCGCAGCGAUGCUGAUGUGAGGGGCCGAGCUGCAGCUAGGACUGAGGCUCGCACUCGCGAGACAUUGCAGAGGUCGCGAACGCCACGCAUUUUGCCUGCGGAACCUAGUGUGCCACCACCGCUUUGGAAGAGGAUCCCGCGAACCAGCGGCGCUAUUGCGGAUGAUUGGAGGCAUGACAUCACCCACGAGGUUGGUCCGCGGCUGGAUCGUGGCAUUUUGGCGGAGUUGUUGGAUACAUUGGGCUCGCGUAUUAGCAGCAAGUUUCUCCGUUGCAAGCAGGAGCUUUGGUGCGGUCCUUCAGAUGAGUUGCAGACGGCCGAGAACUUCCGGCAGAACAUCCGUGUUGUUUUGUAUGAUGUCCGUAAGGGCAUGGAUAUGAAGCAGUUGCCACGUUUUGUUGCGGUUCCUCGGGAGAUGCAUCCUCUGAGUUGGAGUGAGGUGGCCUUCACGAAGCGUGGUCGGACGUGGACAUCUCGGGAAGGAGACGCGGGGUCUACCGAGAUCGAUUCUGGAGCCGACUUCGUCCUGGUCGUGCAGCACCCUACGUAUCACAGCAGCCUUGCGUAUGAAAAAGAGAAGCAGGCCUACACAGCAAUCAUGAACCCUACCCAGCGCAACAGUUACCGAUCUGGUGUUCGCACGGUUUGCAUGAUGGAUAGAUGCACAGCUAUGGUCGCUGGUAUUCCCUCGUACAGCCCAGACUCAGAUCCCGCGACUACCCUGAUACUCAUCCAUGACAACCAAGAGUUCCCCUUGUGUCCCGGAAUUUCCCAAAUGUCGCCGAAGGAUUACAAGAUCACCCGACUCGUCCACGAGAUCAACGAGCACAGGCCAGGUCUGAUCGUGUACAAGGCUUUGGAACCGGAUUCUAAGAUCAUCAUGGAUUUGCUUUGUGAGUCUGACGCCUCAGGAGUGACUGUUUGCAUCCUGUCUCCCAUGUCCAUGAUGCCUUACUGUGGAGUGUACACCCAUGAGUGUGAGGGAGAUGCGGAUAUGGUGUGCGUUGGACCGUUGGCCCGCACUAUUGGGAAGGACAUCUGCGUGUGGUUUGAGGGUGAUGGUUACACACCCAAGGCAUAUCAGGACACAAAUCAGCAUAAGUUCGUAGAUCUCAUGAAGACCAUUGCUGAUGAAGCGUACCUCGAGAUGAUGUCGAGCGCGAUGGUUGCAGCCACAGGUGGCGAUUUGGACGAUGUGCCUGAUUACGAGCCUGACACACCCGAAGGGUCGGAUGUUGAAAUCGCUGGAGGUGUUGGAGAUCUAGAAGGGGUAUCUUCAGGAGGCGUUGAAGAAGCACAGAUGAGAGAAGAACAGGAGAGAUUGGUUGAGCAAGCCAUGAAGCCGCCAAUGACACCCGAGGAACGUGAGAGAGCAUGGCUAGAAUCCCUUCCCCUUCCAGGAGUGCCCAAAAACGAGCAAGAGAGGAGAGCGCUGUGGCGCAAGCUGCCGCAGAAGGUCCGAGUGGCAAUCCGUCGAUUGCACAGGCAGUUCAAUCACCCUGCUCCUAGGACCCUCGAAGCGAUCUUGAAGGCAGGAGGUGCUUCAAAGGAAUUCGUGCAGGCUGCCAAGCUUGUACGAUGCGACACAUGCAUCAAAACAUCCGGGAAGCCGAGAGGACACCCGGUGGGGUCUGGAACGAAGGAGUACCAGGUUGGAGAUGCGGUGGUUGAUUCUGACAAACAGCGGUUUCAGUGCAUGAAUAUGGUCGACAUAGCCUCUGGUUUCCAACAACUUGAGGUUCUGCGCCCAGUGUCGAAAGAGCAUCAGGGGCCGCCGAGUGCAGAGAUGUGUUUGGAGGCAAUACAACGCUGGGUAACCUGGUUGGGACCCCCGAAGGUCUUAAUGGCCGAUAGGGGCACCCACAACCGGGGGUUGCUCUCCAAGUGGGCCGCAGAGAAAGGAAUCGACCUGAAAUAUGCUCCUACUGAGGCUCCAUGGCAACUAGGAAAAGUCGAAAGACAUGGUGGCCUAGCCAAGGCCAUAGUUCGCAAAGUGAUCCAUGAAACGCCGGUGCGUGGAAUCACGGAAGUCAGGCGGGCUGUGCAAGAGGUAGUGGCCAUCAAGAAUGCUAUGGUCAACUCUGGGGGCUAUAGUCCUCAACAGUGGAUCACAGGCCGCAAUCCGACCGAACCUGGUGCCCUCACCCAUGAGGAUGGAUGGGCAGACCUGGGUGCCUUGGAGGCGAGGCACAGCAAGGACAGCGAGUUCGCCCAGAGACAUCAGAUGAGGAUGAACGCCAAGCGUGCGAUGAUUCAUCUAGAUUGCAGCCGAAGAGUCCAAAAAGCCCUCACCCGCAACGCUGUCGCUAUCCGUGAAGAUUAUUUGCCUGGCGAUUUUGUAGUGUACAGGCGGGACAUGCAGACUGGUGGGACUAAAUGGAGCUCGGUAGCGCGGGUUAUCGGGAAAGAAAACUCGGAAUCGGUAUGGGUGGUGCGUGCAGGCAUUCCCAUCUUGUGCUCAGCGCAUUCCUUGCGUCCUGCGUCCGAGGAGGAAGUGAUGUCCCAUUGCAUGUUGAAAGGGAUCCCGAUUUUACCUGAGAGUCUGACAGAAGGGCCCCGAGGGAAGCAAGGGUUUAUUGAUGCUAGAGAACCGCUGGAGGUCUCGGAACAGCAGCAAAACUCGCCCGAAGCAGGUAGCUCAGAGGACCCUCGAAAGCCCAAGCCGUCUAGACAACCGCCAGAUUCGCCCGAAGCAGGAAGCACACAGGACCCGAAGAAGCGGAAGAUCGUGGUGAAGCAGGCCGAGGAUGCCCCAAUCGGUGCGAGCUCGAGUUCCAGUUCGAGUUCAAGCAGUGACUCGGAAGAUGAUGCUAAGAUAGCAAUAGAUAAGACGGGCGAAGACAAUGAAGCAUUUGCCGUGGAGGAGAUUGCCAUGUCACAAGCAGAGCAGAUGGCCAAAGAGGCGCUAGACAGAGGCGAUUUCAGGCCAGGUACUUGCUUAGAAAUCCUGAGGGCAACAAAGAUGAAGCAACGGAAAGGGGAACGAGAAGCGACAAAAUCCGGGAGAAGCUACAGCCUGGGUGCCUAUGCGCAUGGACCGUUCGCAGGUUUGACGAAUGCCACCAUGGAACAGGUAUGGUUUGUGAGGUAUGUGAAUGAGUACCUGAAGGCAAAGGGUGCAACCGAAGGGUGGUCAAGUUUCGUGGUGAAUUUCAACACAGAAGCAAGUUUGCACAAGGACUCCAACAACCUGCCCGGCUCCAUGAACCAGCUCACAAGCCUAGGUCCUUUCACAGGAGGAGAAUUGUGGGUCAGGGACUCGAGUGCUCGUGGAAAGCAUGCAGAGUAUGAGGGCCGCGCGGGUAGACUGUUGGAAAGCAGGCAUAAGAUGGUUGCCUUUGGCCCUGAUCAACCUCAUGCGACAGUGCCGUUCGAGGGAGAGCGUUGGUCCAUAUCCACUUACGCCAGCAGAGGUUACGCCAGCCUGGACAAGGAACAGAGGAAAGCCUUGAAGUCGCUCGGUUUCCACACUGAGCCGCUAGAGGCCCUGAUGAAGGACGCCGGAUACUUGAGCUACAGAAACGGGGUUGAGAUUGAUGAGGAUUCGGAUGUUGCCGAGGAAAUGAGUCCUAGCAGUUGGGAACAGGCCAUAAAUGAGGCGACAUCGCAUGAUGGAUCGGAAGACUACUGGCAGGUAAUGAAAGGCCACUUCAUCCGUGUACACAAGAAGCCCCGCGUAAUGCUCUACACCCCCGAUGAAAGUGAUUUCCCAGGUAGCAUUGAUGAGAUCAGCUAUUCCAGAAGCACUUACAAGACGUUUGCAGAUGGAACCAAACAGACAGUAGAAGACGAAUGGGGAAUGAUCCGAGAAGCAGACUCGAAGGACAGCCGUGAGUGGACAGGAUUUACAUGCUUCAAGCAAAAGCUCUUCGGAUCGACCGACCUGUCAUCGUUGCCGGAUGCACCUGUCUCGGAUGCAGGUUACAUCGCCUUCAUGACGGAGAGGUUUGCCAAGACCGCGAUCGCAGAAGAAGCAGCUCAGGGUAAGAAGCCCAAGAAACUCGACAUCAGAGAUGUGGAUGAGAGAACGCGUGAUGGAAUCUUGGGUGCACGCGGCGACGAGUGGAAGAAGUACCAGACAUGGAAUGCCGCAGUUCCUAUCCAAGGUGAGUUGCUGGGCAAACUUUUGCAAGAGGGUCACAAGCCCGUGCCAUCCCAAUGGGUGGAUGUUGACAAACACGAACAUCUAAAAGGCACUGAGGCUUACGCCCCCAAAUUCCGCAGCAGACUAGUUUCGUGCGGAAACUUUGAGGACGUAGACAAAAGCCAACUGCGAUGCGACUCUCCGACGGCGGAAGCCGAAACACACUGCAUGAUCGCGAGUUAUGCAGCUUGCCAUCGCCUACGGUUGUACUGUGGAGACGUGUCCUCGGCAUACUUUCAAUCGGAACCUCUCGAACGUGUGAUUCUCAUGAAGCAGCCUAGAGGAGGCCUACCAGGCGUGGACCCUGAAGCAAUGUUGCUAUGCCGGCUUCCAGUGUAUGGAACCAUGGAUGCAGGUCGUGGAUUCUUCGUGCGACUCAGCAAGGUUGCUCGACAAGAGGGGCUGAAGAUGUCCAAGAUCGGCCCUGGACUCUACUACGUUCCUGGAACCGACGGGAUACCGGCGAUCAUGUUGGGGACGCAUGUCGAUGAUCUGCUGUGGGCCCAUACAGACGAAGGCAAAAAGCUAAUGGACAGAGUAUUAUCCCACUUUGAGCUAGGAAAGAUAGAGGAAGGCGAGUUCCGAUAUUGCGGUCGACGCUUCAGACAGGACAGUGAGUACAAUGUAUCCAUCGACACGGAGGAUAACACACGACUGAUCCGGCAUAUCUCUGUGGAGCAGCAUAGGAAGGGCUCAGAGAAGAUAACAGAUCAGGAAACCACCUCCCUUAGGAGCGUAGUCGGAUCUUUAGCCUGGGUAGCGAGGUACUCCAGACCAGACCUCUGCUGCAGGGUCAAUUGUCUCCAGCGUUGUAUUUCGAAGGCCACAGUAGCAGACCUAAGAGAUGCAAACAAGGUUGUAGAUCUUGCAAGAGCAGACAUGUCGAUGUCCAUGAACUACCCUGCCGGAUUGUUCACAUGGAAGGAAGCAUGCGUGGUUUCAGAAGAAAGGCAGGGACGCAUCCACUACAUCACGGCAGAGAGCAUGGUAGACACGAAUACCCAUGUGGCGCACAUCAUUGGUUAUGCUUCCACCACCAUCCGUCGCGUAUGCCGAAGUACAUUGCAGGCGGAGACCUACGGGAUGCAAGGAGCAGUCGAGGCAGGGGAUCGCAUCCGCGCUAUUCUCUGUGAGCUCAGAGGUCAGUUGCCAGUGUUGAAGAACUGGCUGGAAGAGUCGCAGAAGCACAUGCGACAUGAGUGGGUGAGUGACUGUCGCAGUCUUACUGAUCAUCUGGGUACAUGCCAUGGAAACAAGGUAACGGACAAAAGAUUAGCCAUCGAGUUGGAAUCAAUGAGGCAACAGCUGUGGUGUGAGGACGUCAAGACCCACGAGCUGUACAAGCCCCACGGUGACAAACUGAGGUGGACAGACACUGCCACCCAGGUUGCCGACGCACUCACGAAGAGUAUGCGUCCACAUCAGCUCUUCCGUAUGAUGCAGGAAGGGAAAGUCAUCCUGAGUGAUCCAACGAAAAAGCUCAAGAAAGGAGAAGUCCCAAGCGGAGAUUGA